AUGUCUGAAGAAAUUUCCAGUGCUACCACAACCCCAACUGUUGAACAACCUGUUCAAGAAGAAUUCAAACAAAAGGAGGAAACUGGUGAUAUUUCAACCACUACCGCUGAAACUGCUUCUUCUAACAUGACUACUGAACAAACUCCAGCAGAAUCCUCUUCUGAACAAACUGGUGAUAAUGAUACCGAAGAAAGUGCCAACGUUGUUCCUGCUAAUGCCAUCAGAGGCGGUAGAGAAACAUCUGAUAAGAUCUUAUAUGUCGGUAACUUGGAUAAAUCUAUCAAUGAAGAUUCCUUAAAGCAAUAUUUCCAAGUUGGUGGUCCAAUCGCCAAUGUCAAAAUCAUUGUUGAUAAAAAUAAUAAAUACUGUAAUUAUGCCUUUGUUGAAUAUUUAAAGCAUCACGAUGCUAAUGUCGCUUUGCAAACUUUAAAUGGUAAACAUAUCGAAAAGAAAAUAGUCAAGAUUAAUUGGGCUUUCCAAUCACAACAAUCUUCUAAUGAUGAUACUUUUAAUUUAUUCAUUGGUGAUUUAAAUAUCGAUGUCAACGAUGAAUCAUUAACUGCUGCUUUCAAAGAUUUCCCAUCUUUUGUUCAAGCUCAUGUUAUGUGGGAUAUGCAAACCGGUAGAUCGAGAGGUUAUGGGUUUGCAUCUUUCUCUACUCAAAAUGAUGCUCAAUUAGCUAUGGACCAAAUGCAAGGUAAAGAAUUAAAUGGUAGACCAAUUAGAAUCAACUGGGCUUCCAAGCGUGAUAACCAACAAGGUCAACAACAAUCUCACAACAACGGUGGCUUCCAAAACCGUCGUAAUAAUAAUAACAACAAUCCAAACAUGUUUGGUUCUCGUAACACAAAUCAAAUGCAAGGUCCACCUCCCCCAAAUAUGCAAAUGGGUGUCCCUCCUCCACAACAGGGUAUGAACCCUGUAGGUCCAAAUGGUCCUCAUCCUCCAGUAGUUCCAUUACCAGUCAACCCAGAUGCUGUUGAAGAUAUGAUUAGAAGAGCUCCUCCAAGAGUUACUACUGCUUAUAUCGGUAAUCUACCUCGUUUUGCCACUGAAGCUGAUUUAAUCCCAUUAUUACAAAAUUUCGGGUUCAUCUUAGAUUUCAAACAUUACCCAGACAGAGGUAUUUGUUUCAUUAAAUAUGACACUCAUGAACAAGCUGCUGUCUGUAUUGUUGCAUUGGCUAAUUUCCCAUUACAAGGUAGAAAUUUGAAGACCGGUUGGGGUAAAGAGAAACCAACUUUCAUGCCACAACAACAACAACAGCAACAACAGCAACCAGGUCAAUUACCUCCACAGGCUCAGUUACCUCCACAAGCACAAAUGCAAAUGCAACAACCUCCUGCUAACAUGAUGCCAAUGAUGAUGGGUAAUGCUCCAAAUCAACCUCCACAACAGCAAGAUCAAGAAUAA